GGUUAGGAAGACUGCAGUGGCGAGAUCUCGUAACAUAGUGCUCAACCGUAUUCUCAUCGCUUCGACCGAAUACGUGUACCUUGAUUAUCCUUCCGUGCAAAGUUCAAAAAUUGUCACUCCGUGUACGCGCACUCGGCGCGUGCGACUUGCGUGUCCGCUUGAAGGCCGUCACAUAUGACGGCAGUCGAUUAAACGAGGCGAUGGAACGCGGACGUGACACGUGGAAUCCCGGACAGUGCUGAUACCGUAGCACUGUUGAUCUUGCGGGAUUUGUAUUUUUGAUUGUCCUAUCUUCGCCGAGGCAAAAUCGAGACACAUAAUUAAACGGCAAGAGAAACGUCAUGCCCUCCAGAAGAAGCAAGGGUGGCCUCUUGGCCAGGGUAAAUUUCCCGUUAUACACCCUACAGAUGCUGACUAGCAGGCAUAUCCUGGUGGGGGGUGGAGGAGGCUCCUCCAAGACUGGAGUUGCUAAUGGUUUUGAAAUCUUUGAAUUGUCACACAAUGGAACUCAUUUCAUUGCCGAAGAAGUAACCAGGCACGAAACUGGUCCCAGUGUAGUCAUGAAUUGUGCCUCGCAUACGAACGGCAAGAAGACAUGGAUAGUCGCUGGUCAAGAAAGUCAUUGUCAACUAUACAAUGUCAAUUCCAAAAUAGUGACUUCAGAGAAUGGAGAGUUGAUUAAGGGGCCAGCAACAACAGCAACAAUGAACAAGGAUGGUCUUAGGCAUAGAAGAAACAGUGAAAAGGUUGAUGAAGCUCAGUCACAAAAUAAGAGGACAGAAGAGGUCAAAGACGACAAUUCCAAUGUGAAAAGCAAAAAGUUGCAGUUAAUACUUAAACCUGCUGAUAGCGUGCAGACAGCCUUUGGCGAUGGUGAACCUCUACAAAGAGUCGUCAGAGUGAACCUACAUGGUAAAAUAAUGGCCACAGGUAGCACGGAUGGUAAAGUGAGAUUGUGGAAGUUCCCGCAAUUGCACAAGCUAUACGAUCUCGAUGCGCAUGGGAACGAGAUAGACGACAUAGACUUUAGUCCGGACAGCAGUCUUUUGGUCAGCAUCGCUAAGGACGGCAAGGCUUUCUUAUGGAACGUGAAAGACGGCACGAGAGACAAGGAGCUUACUUGGACACCGCCGAACGGUGCGAAGUACAUGUACAAGAGAUGUCGCUUUAGGAAAUUGGCGGAAGACAAGACGAGGAUUGAUCUGUUUAUGCUCUCUAACGCCAUCACGGCGAAGAAUCCUAGUUACCUUCAGUUGUGGGACGCGCACACCAGUUCUAUCGUAAAGUCCGCCUUCUACAAGGAGACCUUGUCGGCCCUGGCCGUGUCCGACAAUGGCCAAUUCGUGGCUGUCGGUACGAUGUUCUCGGGCAGCGUCGACAUAUUCGUUGCAUUCAGUCUGAGGAAGGCGCUUCAUGUGCCCGGCGCGCACAGUAUGUUCGUGACCGGUCUAGAAUUCUUACCAACGAGUCUGGAUGGUCCGGCGAUUACCAGCAAUACAGAGACCGCGGUCGUCAGUAUCUCCGUGGACAAUAGAAUCUGCAUACACAGUAUACCAUUCAGACAUACACUGCCAUUCUGGUUUGUCAUCGUAUUGAUAGUCUUGUGUAUAUGCGGCGCAUUCAUUCUCUGCAGUUAUCUGGGCAUAUGACCCAUGAAAUGCGCGACCGAGGCAGUGAAGCAGGACGCCGCCUUCUCCCGGUUACGUUGCGUCUCCUAAUAAUAAUCAGACGACGAGUCGACGAUUGUCCGCGUAUUAGAGAUCGAAUGAAAUACAGACGCGAUCGUUCGACGCACGAUCCACUCGUACCGUUUACCUUGGCCGCUUGGAAGCGCCGUAUUACGCAGGACAAAUUACGUAAAUAUAAGGAGGGGGUGCACGGUGUUUCAUCGGAGACACUCGUACGGUAAUUAGCUUGUGAAGCAAACGAGUGCACUGUAACCGCGAGUAUGCACAGUGUUAGGGCUAAAAACGUUCUCGAAUUGUUCGACGGAUCGUCGUGGUCGUUCGUUACCGUACAAUAGCUGAAUUCGUUGUUGUACACUGGCAUAACUUUUGGGAAUGUUUAUCCUGGAACUGUUCGACGGAACCUUUUCGAUCGUGAUGAUUGCAUUUUUCAUCGAUUGUCUUAUUAUCUGAAGUGAUCGGAAUGUUCUCGGCAGCGAUAAAUAGCGAACGGUUUCGCGAUAGCUGUUCGCGAUGUGCAAUUUAAACGACUUGACGACGUCGGUCGAGGUGCUACUGUGAUAAAUGAACUACGUCGCACCAGAGUUGCUUCCAACUGAUUGAGGCCGCACUAUCUAGCACAUUGAUGUACAUAGAUUUGCGUGUUGCGGAUUUUUAGCGCGAAAAAGAUUGGAUUUAGCACGGCGCGUUCCCGUGCUAUCUUCCGUUUGAGUACGGGUAUGCUCAAGUAGUAGUUUUCGUUACGGCGGUAAAUCGGGACGUAUGCUUGUCGUACUUACCCACACGUUGAAUGAAAAUCUCGCAGUCCUCUUCUCUUUUGUGUUGCGGAUGGGAUUUUGUAACACAUUGCCCUGUAACACAUCAAUUGCAUUUAUGUAUUAGUGAUUUCUAUGUUCGUUUUUACCACACAUUACCCCGUGUAAUUAUUACACGUGUGUAAUUAACACAUUAUCACGUGUUUCUGACUGUUUUCCUCACAAAGUAAGACAAACGGUGAAUGAGAUAUUUAUAUCGAAUGAUAUUGCACGGUUAGCAAUGAUUGGCGUUACGUUUUAGAGGUCGUGAAUUUUAUUUAUCGACGCUUUCUGAACUUUUUUAACGUUUGGCUUUAUUGAGCGGUUUUAUUGCUUGUUUUGUACACCUCUAACGCGAAUUCGUUCCGAAUGUAUCCUCUAAAUUUCUUGGAGUGACAUUCCAUUCGGAAAGUACAGUGACGACUGAGUCAUCUGAUUUCUCGAAAUUGAAGAUUGAAUACAUACUUGGUUUCAAAACAGCUUGAAUACUUUUUCUCUGGUGAAGUUAGGAGCGCAUCAAGUGGUUACGAUUGCGAGCUAUUAUUCACGAUAACCGAUUUCGACAAGAGUUGGAGGGACAUUAUACAAUAUAUCUAAAACGUAACAAUUGAAACGGAGGAUUCAGGAAAAACGCAAGUAUCUUUAUCACAUUCUUAUCUAUCAGAUAAGAAUAUAGUAAAGAGUGAAUACUUACAUUGUGUACUGUCACUUUGACUUCUCGAUCAUAACCGAUUACUAUGUAACUUAUGAACAGUGGCUUUUGUAGCUUCUCUAACUUUAUCGGAAGAAAUAUAUUUAAAUCGUAUAAUUCAGUGUAAACACCAAAACAGUAACAUUGCAUCAAUGUUAUUACUUAAUGAUGUAACUGAACGCAGUUAUUAUUUUUUUUAGUAGGAAAUUAUAACAUAUUAAUGUAAUAUUACCAAUUGGUGUUCACUGGGAGUAUACUACAUCUUCACUAGUAUACUAUAUAUUCACUCUAAUUGAUUGAAAUAUUCACUCACAUUGAGUCCAAGCUCGAAUGAAAUAUUCCAUCUUGCGAUUUCGAAUAGUAGUAUUUUAUUAUUACUUCAGGUGAAAAUACUGCUCCUUUUCGCUCGUAUUGAGUAAGAUUUCGCUCCAAGAAAUCUAUAGAAUAUAAAGCGUUUAUCUUGAACUUUCUUUUAUCGAUAAAAGUGCUUCUAAAUGUGCUUACAAGUAAAUCGGGAAGCCUGCAAGUCACAUUUAGAAACAUUUUUAUCGAUGAAAAAAUGUUCAGAAUAAGGGCCUGAAUGUCGAAAUUUGUCCGAAUUAAUGUGUAUAUGUGUACGAAUUAUCGUAAACAACUUUGAAGACCUUUCGAAAAAAUAAAACAGAUUUUUAAGCGUCGAUCGAUUGAUAGUAAAUCAUUAAACAAUGACACAAUCGAUACAAAGUAUCUCUUUCGUGGAAAGAACUCUUGUGAAGCGUGGAAACGACAAAAUAAAACCGUGAAAUCCAUUGUA